AAGGUUACCGGGUAGCAUCUGACAACCUGUAAGUCGCGACUGAGCCUGCGCACGGGUCAUUCAGGAUGGGAAGAGCUUAUACCACCGUGAGGCCGUGUGGUAGGGUGACCAGUUGUAGAUGAAAGGCGCCGAUCCAGGAUAAACGCGAAUGUGUUCUUUCUGGCAAAAAUAAUGACAUGUCCAUCUGUGACAGCAUCCCAAGAGUGAGCCUGGUUUCUUACUUGGAGACAACCAGGAUGGGUGUGACCUUGCCUGUGGUUAGACAACAAAGAGUUUACUGAGCUUUCCCCCUGAGGCCAGGAAUAUUUGGGAGAGGAGAGUUGGAUGAUACUCACCAAGGGAUCUGCUUAUCUUCAGUUCCUGGGUGCCCUGCAGACCUUUGAAUCCUUCCGUCUUGCUGGACAGCAGGGCUAUCCAGCUCCUGCCAGCCCUCAGGGCCUCAGAACUUUGUCCAAGCCUGCAGAAGGCCCUGCCAGGGGCUGCAGCUAAGGUCUCUACCUUCACAGGUCUCCACUCUUUUUCCAAGAACAGCAGAAAAUGUUCGAGUACCAGCUUCAGCAGAGACCCGUGUCAUUCAAAGAUGUGGUUGUGGGCUUUACUCAAGAGGAGUGGCGCCGGCUGAAUCCUUCUCAGAGGGCCUUAUAUCGGGAUGUGAUGCUGGAGACCUACAGUAACCUGGUCUCAGUGGGUUAUGAAGGCACCAAACCAGAUGUGAUCCUCAGGCUGGAGCAGGAAGAAGCACCAUGGAUUUGUGAGGCAGCGUGCCCAGGCUGCCAUUGUCAGGAAGACUUCUGGCAAGUUAAUAUCCAGAGGAAUAGACAGCAAGAUAUGCUUUUGGGCCAAGGUGCAUUCACCAGCAAGAAAACAUUGCCCAAGGGAAAGCCCCAUGAAUGUAAUAAGUUUGGGAAAAUACCACUUUUGAGCACUGAUCUUUUUUCUUCAAUUCAAAGCCCUAAUAACUGGGAUUCUUAUGGAAAGAGUUUGAACCAUAAUUUAAACUUGAUUUGUUGUAAGAGAAACUAUGCAAAAAAGCAAGACAGAUGUUAUGGAUAUGAGAAAUUGGUACAGCGUACAGACCAUGAUAGAAGAUCUAAUGGAGAAAAGCCCUGGGGUUGCCAUCUUUGUAAGAAGACUCUCAGCUGUAAUCCGGCAGUUAUGUAUAAACCAGCAGCAACCAGUUCUCUUGUGUACAGACCAAAGAGGGUUCCACCUACAGAGAAACCCCAUGUCUGUAGUGAGUGUGGGAAAGCCUUCUGCUACAAGUCUGAAUUCAUUAGACAUCAGAGAAGUCACACAGGGGAGAAGCCUUAUGGAUGCACUGACUGUGGGAAAGCCUUUUCACAUAAGUCAACACUUAUUAAGCACCAGAGAAUUCACACUGGGGUAAGACCCUUUGAAUGCUUUUUUUGUGGGAAAGCCUUCACCCAAAAGUCACAUCGCACAGAACAUCAGAGAACACAUACAGGAGAGAGACCCUUUGUGUGUAGUGAGUGUGGGAAGUCAUUUGGGGAGAAAUCAUAUCUCAAUGUACACCGAAAAAUGCACACAGGAGAAAGACCCUAUCGUUGCAGAGAAUGUGGGAAAUGUUUCAGCCAGAAGUCAUGCCUCAAUAAACACUGGAGGACUCACACAGGAGAAAAACCCUAUGGUUGUAAUGAAUGUGGCAAAGCUUUCUACCAGAAGCCAAACCUCAGUAGACAUCAGAAAAUUCAUGCUCGGAAGAAUGCCUACAGGAAUGAAAAUUUAAUAAUUGUGGGAAAGUCUUGAGCAAGAUACAGAGCUUCAUUGGGUAUGGAGGAAUUCAUGUGUAGGAGAAAUCUAACCAAUUUAAUGAAUUUGGACAAAGGGUUUUAUUGCAAGAGAAACCAUGCUCCAGUUGUAAUAUGAACAUAUAAAAAAGACUAGAGAGAAUACUCUAUGAGAUAUAUACAUGGUGACUCUGGCAGAGAAGAGUUUAAAAAUGUACUAAAUAGAAUGCCAACAGAAUACAAAAUGUAUACAAAGAGACUUAGAAGUAUAUAUGGUACUUUCCUCAGUGAGCUGCAUAAGAAGAAUUAUUUGUAUUUUAGAAUUGUGAAUGUGAAUUUAAUAUAAAUUGUGACUAUCAAACCCUAUGUCAAAUAGUAUAUUAGAGUGCAAUUUACCAAAGUUUUCCAUUUUUAAUAUCACCAGUAUCUUUUAUUGUAUUAACAAUUUAAAAAAUAAUACUGCAGCCAACUAUUUUAAGAACUUUAACAUUACACCAGCUACAUUUUCUCUACCUUGUUUGUAAUAAAUAUAAAUGGCUAAAGCAGUUGUUUUGACCCCUUUUCUGAAUAAUAAAGCAAUGUUUUUAAUGUCUUUUGAUGUCAGCCACAAACUUUACUAAAAGUGUUGAAAAUGAAAGCUAAGAAAUAGUUUACUAUCCUGAUAUUGGAUAAACAAAACACUGUAAACUUCAUUACUCAGCACAAUAUUUGACAAAAGCUAGUGUUACCCUGUUAUAAUGGACACUAUAUUUUCUUGGUCUUGCUUAAAGUAUCUUUUA